AUGCAAACAGUACGGCACUCUGAACACACCCUGAAGACAGCCCUCAUCUCAAAGAACCCAGAGCUUGUGAAGCAGUAUGAGCAGUUGGACCCCGGGGAGCAGCGCUUGCUGAAUGAGGCCUUCAGGCCAGAUAGCGAUCUCUUUGGACCCAUUACUUUGCAUUCACCGUCAGACUGGAUCAUCUCCCAUCCUGAGGCUCCCCAAGACUUUGAAGAGUUUUUCAGUGAUCUUCACAGAAAGAGCCCUUCUCCAGGGAAGCAGACGAUUUACAUACAGUGCAUUGGAUUGCUGGGAAACACCAGAAGUAUCAGUGAGGAAUAUUUGAAAUGGCUCAAGGGCUACUGUGAAGCCUUCUUCUACGGGUUGACAGUCAAACUCCUAGAGCCGAUUCCUGUCUCUGCAACCAGAUGUUCCUUUAGAAUCAAUGAUAGCACACGGAACCUUCAGAUUCAUGCAGGGCAGAUCCUGACGUUCUUAAAAAAGAAGAAACCCGAAGAUGCCUUUUGUGUUGUGGGAAUAACAAUGAUCGAUCUUUACCCGAGAGACUCCUGGAAUUUUGUCUUUGGACAGGCCUCUUUGACAGAGGGUGUGGGCGUAUUCAGCUUCGCCAGGUACGGCCCGGACUUCUACAGCUCGCAGUACAGAGGCAGAGUGCAGAGGCUGGAGAGGAAGUCUUCGCGCGACUACGCGGUGUUCGACGACUACUGCCUCCCUGAGGUCUCCAGCGUGCUGCUGCUCCGCUCCUGCAAGACUCUGACCCACGAGAUCGGACACAUCUUUGGCCUCCGGCACUGCCAGUGGCUGGCCUGCCUGAUGCAAGGCUCCAACCACCUGGAGGAAGCCGACCUGCGCCCGCUGGACCUCUGCCCCAUCUGCUUACGCAAGCUGCAGAGUGCCGUCGGCUUCCGGCUCAGAGAGCGGUACAAAGCGCUGGUCAGGUGGAUUGAUGCCGAGUCCACCGACACUCCUAGAGUUACUCCAAAACACAGUCGUGAGGAGCUGGUAACUUUGCCAAAACCUGUGGAAGCCUUUAAAGAGUGGAAGGAGUGGAUCACAAGAUGCCUGGCUGUUCUCCAGAAAUAA